GAACGUCUGAGUAUUAUAUAUAGAAGCAAGUGAGUCUUCGCCAAUGCGCGGAAGCCAAUUUUAGACGCCUGCAGGGGACCCAAAAGCCAGAACCGAUCGAAUCUGCCUCGGAGCGUAUAGCCUGGUGUUAUGGACGGUCCUUAGAGUGUUGGGAGUUGCCUACGAGCAUGUCAUUUGGCGAGUGUCCUUUUGGCAUGUCUCCGUGAUCAGUGUUUAUAUAUACUAGUGUCCAUCAGCUGGUCAACCCUCGUGUGUGUGUGUGUGUGUGUGUGUGUGUGUGUGACGUAAUACAGAGGUGACGUCAUGCGCGCUUGCCCUGGCACCUUUCCCCCAGCAUCGAUCCAACAGCUGACUGAUGCGAGGGUUGCCAGGCACCGCUUCGUCAGGGUCACCGUCGCCCCGUCCAAGUUUCAUUUUUUCCCCGAUUCCCUGUGUUUUUACGUCCGGCAUCCUUGUUUCCUCGAACGUUUGAGGAUUUGACACACGGGGCUGCCUUAGGUGUCCUUACUCGCGGCGUAUUGUCACCGCUUGAGAAGCUUUAGCGAAGUCCCCGGCGCCGUGGCCUCCGCCCCUGCCCCCGGCGUGUCUCGUGUAAGGCGGUGUUAGCGUUCAGGUGGUGCUGUGGGUCAGGGACGAGCUGGGCAUCGGUGGGCAUAGUCUGUGGGCCCUGGCCGAGGCGGGAGGGCAGGGUAAGGUAGGUAGGCGGGGCGGCGUGGUGGUGCACAGGCCGGGGAGCAGCACAGCAGACAGCAGUGCCGAGGUGCGCCUGGCUCUGCUCGCCCGUCUCAGUGUGGUGCUCGCGCUCUCUCCACGCCAGACUCGCCGCAGCACACCUCCACGCGUCGCACACCCUCCUCCCUUAGCCCUUGGCCCUCACGUUCCCUCCCAGCGCCGCGUUGGGUGCCCGGGUGCCGCUCUAAGGUGUCGUUGAUGGGCAAGCUGUGAUAUUACCCCCGCGGAGUGAGUGUAGUGCUGACGGCGGCAUGUCGGCGAGCGGCGCGGGCAAGCAGAGCUCCGGCGGGGUUGCCGAUGCCGGGGCCGGAUCAGCAGCAUCAGCAUCAGCAGGAACGGCGUCAGCUGCAGCAGAAAGUAAGCUGAGACAAAGAACAGUGGGGGAGGCUCGUGGUGACCAGACUUGGUCCCAGUUGCACAAUGGCGCGCUGAUGUCGGAGGAAAAGUCGAGCAGUAAGCAGUGCUCGCUACACCUGUGGUCGAAAAAGGCCCUGCUCAAACGGAACGACCUGCCCAAACACCUGCAGUUCAACCCCUACAUCGAGACGGGUUACCGGCCCCUCCUGUCUGCGUGGGGCUGCCUCAUGAGCCUCUUCUACUUCCACAAUGAAACCAUCAACAUCAUCACCCACGGCGUGCCCAUGCUGUACAUUCUGCUGUGGUGGCAGACGCUGUUGCCCUGGUCAGACAUCACCGUGCCUGUGCUGCCCUGGAUCCACCUCAUCUCCACCGUGAGUCCCUGGGUCGGCUCCACCAUCUACCACCUCUUCAUGAACCACCGCGCCGGGGAAUCCUGCUACAAGUCCCUGCUCCACCUCGACAUGUUCGGUAUCUGGAUCACGCAGAGCUUCGGCGCUCUCACCACAGUGUACGCCUCCGUGUCCUGCCUCAGCGGUCAGUGGAUAUGGAGAGUUCUUGCCGUCUACUGCGCCGUCUCCCUCUGGUGUCUGUAUAAGGCCCUCACCGCUCGCUCAGCCAUGGCCAGACGACUCAGCUUCUCAAUGGCCGUGGUGACGCAGCUCUCGCUCCUCUACCUUAGGGGCACGCCUCUAGGGGGGGGACAUCCGCACGCUACUAUGCACUAUGUUAUGCAGGACCUCCUUGCUGUCCUUGGCGGGUUCGUGGGUGCCCUGCGCGUGCCUGAGAAAUGGGUGCCUGGGCGCCUGGACCUGCUCGCCAACUCCCACCACAUCAUGCACGUGGUGGUGGUGUACGCCGUCUACCACCUCCACCAGGGCGCCGUGCUCGACCUCGUCUGGCUCUCUGGCAACACCACCUGCCAGCACCCCGCCCUGGUCGCCGCCGCCGCCGCCGCCGCCAUCCCGCCCCCGCCCACCGCUGCGCCAGGGCUUUAAUAUAUACCGAUUUAGACAUGUUUACAAGGCACGCACAUGGUGAAGAGUGUUGAUGUUCGUCAAUUUGUACGCACCUUUCUAAUUAGUACUCAUAUCAGGGACUUCAUUACUCGAGAAAGUUUUAGUUCAGGUGUGCAAAUUACCUGUAUAAAGCUGGCGUCUCCAAAUGACAUGUAUUGAGAUGAGUUACAAGAGUUACCUGUAUUGUCAAAAUGGGUCUGUUUAUUGGUUCUCGUUUUCAGUAGUGUUUUUUUUUAAUCCUCUUGUUUUCCAGUAUAUAUUUUUUUCUAUAUACAUAUUUUUCCCUGAUAUGAGGCCAACUAAUUCGAGUGGUGUGGCAAACCUAUCGACCUAUACAAGACCUAGACAUAUAUACAUUAACUAUUAAACCGCCUUCUUUUACGUACUGUUCUAUCUCUCAUACACUCAUACAUAUGCCAGCUGAUGUAAGUAUGUAUGUAUGUAUGUGUAUGUAUGUAUGAAUUCAGGGUGGUUUUAGAAGAUUUACAUGCAUAGUUUCAUCUUGUUCUUCCUGUUCUUGUUCCUUCUAUUCAUCACUGAACUACGUGUCCUUAUACUCCUCCUCCUCCCUCAUCUUUUCUUCUUCUAAUGCAAAGAUUUAUAUGCAUAACUUAAUAUUCUUGUUCUUUUCCUUCUUGUUUUUCCUUCUAUUUCUCCUCCAAUUACAC